ACCCCCAAGCUGUCUCUUCGACUGCUUCCCGCGAUUAUUAUGGACAAUGAGGAGGACGAUGAUGGGAACUUCACCAAGUGGAUGAGCAGUUACUGGGGGCACGGGGUAAGGGAGGACCACGCCAAAGCAAGGAAGAGGAGCUUUGUGAGGCACUCUCGCAUCAGAGCUGACCGCCGUGCCUCUUUGCCCUGCGUGUCUCAGCUAGAAGCCAUGCAGAGUCAGAUGCAUGUUAACAGCCUGACCCAUGCUCACCUAAUGAGCCGUGAGGAGAAGGAGGUGCGCUCCCACCCUCGCGCCCGCCGCGUGUCUUCUGACGAAAAUCGAAGCAAAGUGGCAGGAUCUGAGUGUCACAUCCCCACCAUUCCAGAGCUCGCCGAGUCUUUAGAGAAGCGGCUACGUUUCCACAACAAGAAAGUGAUAUCAACAGUCGACACAAAUAGCUUAUGUCUUAUUUGCCAUGAUGAAUUAAGGAAUGGAAGAGGUGGUAUCCAAGACCUUCACUGCACCCAUUUCCAUAAAGAGGCAAAAUGGCUGGAACAUGACGCACGACCACGUAGCGGGAGUUCUGCGGCCGCAUGCGAGCGGGGGAGUGAGAUGCCAUUCUGCCACGGACAGGAGGAAUAUCGCUUGCCCCGUCGCCAACUGUCUUUACGUAGACAGCGUUGAUUGUAUCCAGUGUAAGGGCUUUUAUGGAUAAAUACCAUAUGUACAUACCAACAAUAACAUUUAUAAAGUAAUCAGAUGUGAUUAAGUUUGUCUUUAGCUUCACACUACUUUUGUUUAGUAAUCAACACGUGACUUUGCUAUGUAUUAGUAAACUGUCAAUAAUUUUUUAAGAGAUAACUUCAUCUGAUGUUAUUGUACAGUAUAUAAAGUAAUUGUGUUUAUCAUUGUUAAGUGCUAUUUGGAUCAAAACUGUGACUAUGAUUAAAAGUGCAUGUUGACUUGAUUUCAUGAAUGACAAAUAUAAAUGUGACUUGUAAAGAUGUUAAUGUAUUGAUUUUUCAGUUCACAUGUCCAGUGUCACUGUUGUUGAUAUACAAUAGCUUGCUAAAUGUACAUGCUGGAAAUUGGCUGGUGGCUAAUCAGGCCACUGUAAUGGAAAUCAAUUCCAGUCCAAAAUUCUGAUUCCCAGAGGAGCAAAGGACGACAGAUCU